UAGGUUCAAGUUAAUUUUAAUGAUAAAAUAAUCCAAGUGUCAUAGAAAGUCUGUUUUGUCAUUUUAAGAGGCACAAACUACAUCAAAAUAAAACUGUUCAAGAACAAACAAGCACAUCAAAACAUGUAAAUAAACAUUUGAGAAGACCAAACUUCCACUCGCACAAAAAUUUGAGUGCAUUAAGUUGUCUGUGCAGGAUAUCGAGUGAUCCCAGUGGAUCUGUUCCCAGGACAGUUUGUCCUCCUUCUGCUCCUGAAACUCGUCCUGUUGAUGAUAAACGGUCUGGACCCUCUUCUGUUUGUGUUUUCCAGGAUACUCUUGAAUCUGAAUCUGAGCGAGUGCUUCCCUACAGGGAGCGUAACAUCAUUUCAGAUUCCUUUUUCAUGAUGCAAUGAACAUUCCCACAUGUUGGUGUGAGCGAGGGACUUUCACAGGCACUGCAGGCCAAAUGAAAAAAACAAAAAACAAAAAACAAAAACACCAGAUUCAGCCUGUAACAGCUUAAAAAAGAAUGUUACCCAAAUGUAUGGAAGCCCAAAGCGGACAUACAUCUGUCUGUUAUGUUUACGCUAUGAUAUUCAUGAUCAUUUUUACUGACAGAUACGUACAAAACACAUUUUUAAAACAUCGGGUCUGGGAACAGGUCAACGCCAGGAACCACCUUGUGGUUGUUUUCUUAAACUCUUGACUGAUUUUUCUUGUUAUCUUGACAAAAAAAAAAAAAACAUUUUCUUGUGAUAACAUGAUUAUUCCUGGCAGACAAGAAAACAAAACGACAGGCUGUUACUGCAACAGAUUUAGUUUAUUUCUGAACUUUUAAAAAACGUUAUUCUUUAUUUGUCUCAAAAACAUUAAAAAAUGUAAAUAAAAUUAUAUUUAUAGCUAGUUUACCAAAUAAGUUAGGAAAAAAAGAGGAAAACACACUGCUGAAGUGUCCGAGAAGGAGCAGAAAGAAAGAACAGCUUAUGCGUUACAAUAUCAGGUUCAUUUACAUGCAACUUUUUAAAUUUAACAGUGACUAAAUGGCAAAAACAUAUUAAUAAUAAUGAUCUAAAAUACACAAAAAAUUCAAAUGGUUAACGUACUCAUAGAUAAAAAGUCACUAAAAUACAGAUAAUAAUACACUGAUAUUAGUUAAACAUAAAAUCAGAACGACUAAAGGCUAGUUGUGGGGUUCCACAGGGCUCAGUUCUAGGUCCCCUUCUAGGACCUUUUUUUUUUUUUAAACUUUUUUUAAAAUUUAUUAUUUCAUUUGUUAUUUUUAAGGGUUUUUCAGUAUUCAGAACGUUCCUGAGUUAACACACCCCCUUUAACUCAUAAUAUUGACCUAUUUAUGAAAUUUUUUUUUCUUUACCCCCCCACACACACAAAAAGAUAUUUUAUUAAAAAUUGAAAAUAAUAAUUAUCAAAAAUUCCUGACUGUUGAGACUUUUCUGAAAUUGUACUUUUGUCAAUAAUACAAUAUUGUUUGUUUUUCUCUUAAAUGACUUUUUUCAGAAAAAAUGUAAACUCAUUUUUCAGAAUUUGAACUUUAUCCUAAUUCAGUUUUUUUUUAAACCAGACUUAAAAUUCUUAGUGGAAAAAGUUAUUUUUUAAUUUCGCUUUCGAAAAGUUGAACUUGUGAAUGCUGGUGUAGUGUUUCGCAAUAAGUAACUUUUUUUUUGCAUCGCCACUUUUUUGCGUCAGUAACUUCCACUUUUUUAUCCGCACAAUUUCUUUUUUUAUUAGCAGCGGGAUUUGGUUUCUUUUUUUUGCGUCAGUAACUUCCGUUGUGGCAAUCUUUUUUUUUUUGCAUUCUUUUUUUAUUUUUAGCCGUGGCAGUUUUGGGCCACCAUACAAUUUUGUACAGUUGUACAGUGCAGUUACUGUACAAUAAAGCUUAAGUUGGACACCUUAUAAAAAGGGAAAACUACAUGGUGAUCUGGGUUUCUAAUGUGAGAAAAUGUGCUUUAUUUGGAGCCGAUUUGUCAUUUUUCAGCCCACCUCAGUUGGUCUUCUGUACCCUCUGUCCAUUCUGUGUAUGUAUUUCACAUUCCCAUAGGAAGUGAGUGGAGCUGCUCUCAGCCAAUCAGAUUUGCGGAUCAGGCUCCGACAACAAACAAAAGAUCGAGGCUAGCUGAGCUCAUUAGACUUUGUCGAUCCGUCUAGCCUAACGUUAGUUGUUUCUCUUCUCCCAACAUCGACCUUCUCCUCUGCCUUUUAAACACUUUAUCCUGAAUCGACGCGGCACACAGUUCUCAUCCAGUGUCCGUAUUUGUGGUUUUGUGUCAGCUAAUGUCAACCCGAGCUUGUUUCUGCGGUCGCUCCAGCUAAAACGCGUUAGCUUCUCUUUGCUAACCCGAGCCAGUUUUGACACUGACUCACACUAACGGCCGCGGCUUGUUGCUGACAAGCCAGUACAGUAAAAGAGUCGCGCCGAAGCCAUGUCCGGUCAGUCGUCAGGGUGCGGGUUUCUGAUGUCGGUGGUCGUUCACGGAGACUCGGCUCUGAACGAGCAGGAAAAGGAGCUCAACCAGCGGCUCCGACGGCUCUACCCAGCCGUUAACGAAAACGAGACCCCGCUACCCCGUUCUUGGAGCCCGAAGGACAAGUUUAGCUACAUCGGCCUGUCCCAGAACAACCUCCGUGUGCACUACAAAGGUAUGACACGACAGACACACUCGAGUUUAGCACUUUAUCGCCUAAUGCUAACGCCAAAUCUGCUAAUUUUAGCCUAGCUUUACGGUUAGCGGAUCAAAACCAGCUGCUGGUGUUCUGACGGAUUAUGCGCCCUGUCGAAAUGUACCUUAGACUGUUGUGCGCAUGCGCUUUGCCAUUGCCUGAGAUUUAAACACCACAUAAAGAAUGAAAAUACUCUAGAAAUGACAAUCGAAAUGAUGGAUUUAGUAGUUGAAUAUCCUCUGUAUUUUCCUUACACUCUGAUAACAUUAACGGAGUGAUUAUUGGUGUAUGUUAAUUACUCAUUAUUACACGAUAAUAUGUACAAGUCUGUCAUUAAACCCUUGAAUCCAAGUGUUUUAAUCGAGUUACUUAACAUAUUUUAAUGACAUCAACCCCUGUCUGUUUCUGUCAGAUUUGACAGCCUUUUGCUACCGUUGGCUUUUUUUGACAAAGCAGCACAAUUCAUCGGAACACCUCCGUGGCUAAAAACAAAGUAGGCUAGGCUAGUAGCUUCAUCAACAACAAGGCAGAGGACAUCUUGCAACCCGACCAGCUGGCGAGGUGUAUCCGCAGCCAAAAUUGACCUACUAGCUCGUUAGCUUCUCGGCUAAGCAGUGAAGCAGUUUGUCAGCUGUAUUAACUGUCAUCAUACACCUUUAUUUACCGUGGAUCAAUGCUGCUAAUGUUAGAAAUAGACUAAUAUUUCAUGUCAUUCAAGAAUCAGCCGUACACAAAGUGCAUAUAAGGCUGCUAAGGCUCGAUAUGAGUCACAUAAUCGUUGCUCAAACGCUAGCCGACAUGGCCAAGGGCUAGACAGCCUUCUUGGUAGGGCAAUGUUGCAUGAAUAGGACGUUAAAUAACACUGCACACACGCUCAGAGUGAUUAAUAUGUACUUGGUUUAGUAGACGUGGAUGACAGUGUUGGUAUUGGCAGGCCACUGCUGCUGAAGGAUCCGUAAUACUCAGAGUUUGCUCUGACAUUGUGGUGGACGACUGUCAUAGCAAAGAUAUCCAAAGGUUUUUUUUUUUUUUUCAGUGAAGGCCUACGAGAAAAGGCUAGAGUAAAAAAAAAGGUGUAACAGUGCUUCCUGGGUGUGUUCUACUAUUCUGGGUCUAACCGGCCCUCUACGCUCUCUCUUCCUUGUUACAACUAGAAUGUUCCGUCUCUUUUUCACUGACUCACCUGAAUCUCUUACAGCAGGUAUAUACAGAUGUUGUGUAUGUUGUAUUUAUCAUCCACUGUAUACUGCAAACUUUUACUGGACCCCUAACACAUAAAAUCCCGUCUUUAAGACUAAAUAUUAGAGUUUAAUGUCAUUUCAAUUUGGCUUGACUCUAACCUUUUUCACAAGGAGCAAACAAAGAACUUUACAAAGUACUAUUAUUUGAAAUUCAUUUUAGGUCAAUUGGUCAUAUGACAUGGUAGCUAUUGAAGGACAACAGCCUUUUUUGAGAACAUCAACCGGUAAUUUAUUGAUGGUCCCUUAUUUAACACCUGAUGUUGACAGCGAGGGUGCCGAGUAGAUUUUACUGCGCUCUUGUCGCUAUUCCAGGUUAUGAGAAGACAGCGUUAGAUCCACAGUAAAUGUCCAAAGUAGGGAUGUAACGAUAUGCACAUUUGACAUCACAAUUAUUGUGACCAGUAUUUAUCACAGUUUAGUUGGAAUAUGUUCAAAAUGUUAAAAAAAAAGUGCUCAUACACGCUCUGAAAUCAUUUAAGAAAGUUUUAUUUUGAAAAAACAAUCAAAAUAAAACGCAGAAUGAACUUUUCCUGAACCUUAAAUAACAGAGGAACAAUAAGUUUAAAAAAUUAAAGAUGGGGCCUUAAAAGAGCCAGAGGUCAUCAACACUAGUACUAGUAAUAAAGUACAGAGUAAUGUGCCAGCGACAUAAACAUGAACGUAAUAACAAAUAAAUAGAAUUUAAAUAAAAUGGCAUUCCUUAUUGUGCAAAUUGUACGAAUUUUCAGUGCUCAUAAAUAUCGACUUUUACAAAUAUAAAACAAAGCAACACAACUAUAUGAAACAAUACAACCACAUGUAAAUAAAUGUGUAGUGCAGGUUUUUAAAAUAACAUAAAAUAUGUAAAUAAAUCAAAUGAAUGAAACCGAUAUCCUCUCGGAUGGCACACUGGUCUCUGGGACGCACAAAAGCUUCCUAGCAACCCUCUUGACCCUUUGUAGAAGCCGAAAUACGCCCAGAUUUUGGACUUUGUUUCCUUUGACAGCAGAAAAAUCUCUGAACUGCCCACAAAACUGCCCUCCACCAUGUUUACAAGUUGUAUACUGUGUAAUGCGCAUGCGUGCGGCGCGCCUGAGUCCGAAGGACUGCUGCGUGCGGCUGCUCUUCUAAAAACUGAGCAUCACUGUGAGCUUUCCCAGAGUGCAGCAAUGAAACACAGUUUUAACGGUAGUCAUAAUUUGAAACCGUAGUACUAACCGUCAGACAUUUUACAGCGGUUUAUCAUUUUACCUGUAAUCGUUGCAUCCCUAGUCCGUAAGAUAUCCAACCUAAAAUAAACUGCACCACAGUGUAGAUUUAACCGCGCUGCUUUUGCCAUUACCGGUUAUAGAGAGUUAGAAGACACCGGAGUGAAUGUUCAUCAAAUAUCCAACCUAAAACUAACUUCACCACGGUAUUUACGUGAAAAAACAUUUGUUGCCUUGACUAAUUUUUUAUCAUGCGCACAUGUGCCCUUAAAUACGUUUUACAAUUUGCACGAAUCUAUUUUUAGUCGCAAAUGCGAGUGAAACGGUCGCACUGUCGAGCCCUGCCAGAUCUUGAUUUUGUUUCCAGUAUUUAUGGAGAGUAAAAAUAUGGAAUAAAAUAAAACAUCGAAUUGGCUCUUUAAGGUCCUUACACACCGGGAACGAUGCAAAUAUACAACAUGAAAUAUUCAGAGGUGAAUUUUGUGAGCGCUGAUGUGAACACUUGUAUUGACAGGAUACGGGUUCUAAAAAAAAUAUUGACGUCCGAAAUAAUCGCAUGAAAAAAACGCUCCCGGUGUGAAAUGACCUUUAGACUGUCUGAAGUGACCUGAAAACUGUCGAGGAUUUUGAUUAAAAAUCAACAUCAAUCUUGCUUAAAACAGAUCUCUAAACUCUCUAAAAGCAUAUUUUAGAUAUAAAAUGCAGUAAAUAUAAGUCAGUUGUCUACUUUACGUUACUGAAGAACAUCAUUUUUUUUGGUUUACACAUCCAAAUACAUGCCACCAAAACUCAUGCUAACACAUUACACAGAGAGACACUUAAAAUAGACCACCCCAAAUAUAAACAGACACAGUAAAGCUGCAUCGAUGGAGGGUACCGGGUUAUUCAGGGAACCAUCUGAGGCAGCAGGCUGACUUGGAAGUACUUCACUGAUUCAGGUACUUAAUGCCAACUGGGUUAAACCAUUUUUCGUAGUUUUCUUUUCACAUGAGACUCCACACCUUGUCCCGGAGGCAAAAGCUCAAAGUGGUGAUUUAACAGACUGCUGUGGUUUUCUAAAAUUUAGCCACUUCGUCUGAAAGGCCGGAAACAAACAAAGCUGACCCAUCAUGGUGGAAAUGUAGUCCACCACCUCUUUGUAGACCUGAUUUGUUUACUUCAGUAUGAAUGCGAGUCCAGCUGGACUUUGUACCCGAGUGUGAUGAGAUCUUACUACAGCUGUGAUCAUGGCAAGAACAGGAGACUGCAAUAGACCCGCUUGUGCAAUUUGGUGCAUCAAUGAUUAGUUUGAGUCGAGCGUAGCCGAACUUUCAGUGUGCCGUCCACAGUGAUCCUCCUCAGCUUUUUGAUGUAACUGGGGUAAUAUUAUCAUAGCACCAGGGAUCCAACUCUAACUAACGAACUAACUUGGUCAUAUUGGUGGUGAUUACUUGAUUACUGCAGCUACAUAAUGUAUAUAACCAUAGACUGUAUAUAGAAUGGACGCCGUCUGCCUCCGAGAACAGCACCCUCUGGUGACGGGCUGCAGUAUAGGUCAUAAACCCCGCCUCCUCCAGCAAUUCCUAUGGAGCUGUGGACAAACUUGAGAAAUUAAUGACACAGUAUAUAAAUGUUUCUCCCCCCUGGUUGUGAUGUUGACAUGUAGUUACUGUCAGACUGGUUUGUGUUCAAGUCCUCUUUUUUCUGUGCAGCUCCAUUUUUAAAAGUUAUUAGGGGGUUCAUGUUUUCUAUGAUUGACACUUGAUACAGCCUAUGGGCGUACGAAGAUUGCGUAGCUCACCUGGGGGAUACGCUGUUCGAGCCGAGUGUCAUCACAGUAACUCUACUGCCAAAUGCGUACAACGCUACUACGCAACGUUGGUUUCAGGAAGUGGAGAAAAAACGCAGAAUUACUGACUCCGGCAUUGAAACUUGGAAUAGAAAUUUUAAUGGUUCCAGGAGAAUCGAAAUGUUAGUCCCAGUCCCCAUCGAUGCUUGAGACUUGAUGCCCAACCCUAGUAACAAGUCUUUACGUGAGCCUGAAGAUGAGUCAUGAUUGAUAAGUAAGACAGCUGCUUUGUACAAAGUCGACACACAGUCAUAUUUGUCUUUUAUUGUUCUUCUUAGAUGUUUUGACUUUGCUCGACCAUGUCCUCCAUUUUUGUAGAAUAAGGUUACCGUGUUAGUCCACUGAGGUCAAGAGUGCAUGGAUCGGUCUGGUCUGUGAGGGUUAACCUACCUGAACCUGCUGAGACCCUGCGUCUGUCCUAAUCAUAAACUCAGCUGAACUCAGACCUCUUGGCCCUUAGCCGUGGACUCUUGGUCUGCCACCCUGUGGUCACAAGAGCAAAACACACAGAUCAGUGUUGAUUCAAGAUGGCGGCAAAAUCAACCAAAAUGUUGAACAGCGAGUCCACCAAAAAACCAGUCAAGGUACAAAACCACUUCAGAUUUCUGAUUGAAACUUAAUUAUUGAUACUUAGUAGAGUUUUUAGUUUGAUAGGACACACAAGAACUUACUGACUGACACCAUACCUGAUUUACAGACUGGUCUGCACCUGACCGGUGGACUGACACCAUGACUAACUCUCUGGCUGACUGACUGCUCCUGAAUGAAAUUAUUUUCCAAAUCGACCAAAUCACAGACCACUCUGUUCGGGUUCAGGGUGUUGACAUGAGGAGUUUCUAUUCUGGUUCUGUUGUCAUUUCCAUGAUUAGAUAUCUGUGUAAACAGAUCACAAACCUCGUGGUUUGGAUUGGAUCUGGGUCAUUGGUUCGUUGAAGUGUCUGUAUGAUGUAAUCCCAUUUUCUUUUUAUUUGUUUGCUCAGCAGAUUAGAUAGUUGUCAUAGAGUUAGUAUUAAAGUUGGUUAUUAUGUAGUUAAUUAUGCAGAGAGUGAAAUACAUGACAUGUCCAUACAGUAGACAGCAAAUUUUACUGGUGCUGAUGGGAAUCAUACAUGGACGGACUGUCUCCUGUGGUCAAAACCAGCCGGGAAACUCCAGGAAAAGUAAAACAGAAACUCUGUAUUUUAUAACUUACUAAUUAAUGCACGAUAUUGGAAAAAAAUAAUAUUGCGAUUUUUUCAACCCUGCGAUAUAUAUUGCGAUAUUAAAAAUACAGGAAUUUUCACCAGAUGACCUGAAUAGCACUUAAUGUUAUGCUGCACCGCUGAAAUCUUGAGGACAGUUAAUCUGCUCUGAUCUUACCUCUUUUUGUGAAUGUUAGUAGAACGGCUUCUGUCUGUCUCAGAGAUAUUUUUAGCUUUUAUUGUGCUGGGACGUUAUUGUGGCAACAGAUGAACACAGAAGACGUGUUUUAGUCAACAUCAUCCAUCUUUUAACCGAAAUAAUUCCAGAUAACUGACUUUCCUUUUCUUUUUGGCAACAAAUCUUCAUUUUCGGUGGUUUUCGCUUGUUCGUUGCCGAGAAACGCAUGUCCUCCGAGAAUUGCAUGCACCUCGCAAAACGCGCACUGCUUAUAGUAGAGUGGUCCACGGAAAUGUACAAUUUAAAACCCAUACAGUUCUUAUUUGUUGGGCUUAACAGUCAGUAAAGUUCCGAAAGUAAUUCUCAGCGGACACACGUCUGCCUCCAUGUGCAGAACAUGUGCAGGGGUGGGUUUCCUCCUCCCUGAUUUUGAUUGACAGCUGGCAGGGUAGUCUGAUUGGCAACUGAGAAGUGAGUCUGAUUGGCAACUGAGUUAAGGACGAAGGCGAUUGGUGGAUCGCUGCAAAGCACAUGCAGAGUCACAUGGAGUGUAUCUCAGUCGGUUACCCUUGAAAUUAAAUGAGUUCAUUCAUCUCCAAUAUCGCAGGCUCUGCGAUGUGACUAUCGCACACACGUACAUCGCGAUGACGAUAGUCAAACGAUAUAUCGUGCAGGCCUAUAACUUACUAAUUAAUAACCUUUUAAUUAAAAACACAGAGAUAUGAUUCCAGAUAUCUGGAAAUAACUGAUUCAAACUUCACAUCCUGAGGCCUCUAAAAGACUAAUAAAGAUAACUGAACAGAACCCAUGAUUUAGUUCUUCUUCUUCUGGCCCUGUUGGUGUUUAAUGCUGAUAUUUAUAAUGAACAGAUAAUUAUCUAAGAGUUACCACAUUUAAAUGUUUGAGGCUGUAAUAAAAGUGUAAUGUUAUCAUCAUUUAAACACUCCUGUAGGUCUGUUUCUGAUAACCUGAAGGUCGUGGAUUGUGGAUGAAACUCGUAGAGUACAUUUUUCACUCCUUGACAUGUUUUAGAUGAAAUGGUAAUGCAGGAAGAUGAACAACCCAACAAAACUGUCAACAACUGCAGUUGGUGUGUUUGUUUUUUGUGUGUUCUCCUGACCUGAACCUGGAUGGUGUGUUUAUGAGGGGGGCAUUUGUUAAAACAGAGGAGAAACGUUUAUUCAGGUGUUUUUCAUCAGCUUAUCCUCCAGGUUUGAAGUAUUUAUCUGUGAACAUCAGAAACCAGGAUGAGAAUAUAUGAUUUAAACCAACACUGCAAGAAACUUUCAAAUAUUAUAGAUCAUUUUUCUUAUCCCAGCCCUGUUUUUUUGGUCUGCAGAGAAUCAAACAUAUGUUUUUGAUAAGCAAGAUCAUAAACUUCUGUUGUUUGUUCACCAGAGCUUCUUUCUUUCCAAACUAUCUUCCUUUCUAACAUCAAACUGCUGCACAAAAGGCUUUAGUAGGGAAGUUGUUGUUGUUGUUGUAGAAAUCAUGUACAGACAAAUAUUAAUGACGAUGCAACGAUAUUUUGUUCCAGCCCUCAAAAUUCUUCUUUGAACAGCUGUUUACUUAAUUUCAUCCAAUCAAACAACAACUUCUGUGGAUAUUUAGCAUUUUCUCAGCCUCUUCUGUACAUUCAUAAAAAGAGCUUUUAUCACGGUGUCACGACGUGUUCCAGGAUCCUUCGCCCUAAAAGAGCCGUCGUUACUCUGAAACAAGUCUUUUCCCACGUGAUCUUUCUGCAAACAUCCAUAAAUUCUGCUCUCCCUGUACACUGAAAGGUUGUCGAUUUACCUGAAAAAAUAUUGGGACAAGCUUCUGGCUGUUUCCUCUUCUCUACGCACAUUAGGUUGUAAAAUUUCAAAAAGCUGCUCAUCUCGAUUUAUCUGCUUUUCUGAUCAUUUUGACGUGUUUGUUCAGGGCAGUUUUCCUUCACUAAUAAAACACACAGUGGGGGGGUCGCACAGUGGAAAACCAAAGAAAUCUUUAACACACACUGGAGAUGUUUGACCUGCUGCUUUAACACUGUUGACCAGGUAGAUAAUGACUGUUGGUUUAAUUUAAUCUCUUCAACGGCUAUAAAUACACACAGUCCUACAAAGAAAUUAAUGAUGACAAUGAGACAAAAAAGAGAGAAUUAUUACCGCUCUGUUUGGAUCAUAUGUUGUUUUAAUUUUUAAUGUCAUGUGUCUGUUUCUCUCACCUGCAGGUCAUGGAAAAACCCCCAAAGAUGCAGCCUCAGUACGGGCCACCCACCCUAUCCCAGCAGCCUGCGGAGUUUACUACUUCGAGGUGAAGAUCAUCAGCAAAGGCAGAGAUGGGUAAGGACGUCUCAUUCAUUCAUUUCUGCCACUAACAUACCACACGACAACAAUCAGCCGGUCGGCCAUGUUGGAUGUACCGGUGAAUCUGACGUUGCAACAACACGGAAUCUGAUUGGUCACACAGUAUGCGAAACUUUAGAAAAGUCGAUCAUGAUCCGAAAAAAUAUAAAUGCUGCAAUAUCUCAGGACGGGAAAACGUCGCUGAUGUGAACGCUUGUAUUGACAGGAUACGGGUUCGGAAAAAUUUUGAUGUCCGAAAUAAUCGACGAAAAAAAUGCUCCCGGUGUGUAACGACCUUAAGUCGGAAAAAAGCAAAAUUGGAGGCUAAAGCGCUUGUCUUGUCCUUGCUUAUAUUCAGGCAAGGCAAGCACUAAAGUAACUUUCGUAGAUGUAGCCAUCUUGUUUCCGCCUCCGAUUUUGCUUUUUCCCGCUAGAAACUCUGGUGUGACGUCAUUCCCAGCUCAGAAUUCUGACUUCUGAGGUAACUCGAACGCAGCAUAACUUACAGGGUAGAGUCGGCCUCGUCUGCAGAAGACUGUCUUGAUUUAGAUUGACCAAAACUUGCCAACAAACUCCUGCGCUCUUCAGAUUUCAUGUUUCUUUUCUGCGAUUACAAAUGUUCCACCCUGAAGAGGUGACCCCAUGAAGCCCCUAAAAACACCCUGAGGUGGGGCGUAUACUAGUGUAGGAUUUUCCAAAAGCUGUGGUUAAAGUGUCAGGAUACUUGAAUCUUGCAGCAGUGAGUCAUGUGAGCUCUCGGUUUGUGUUUCGCUGCUGUGCAUUAACUUCAAAGCAUGAUGGGAUGUUGGCUAACUGCAUAUGAAAACACAGUGUGCUAAUAAAGCCUGAUGUGAUUUCCGCACUCGGCUCAUAACCCGGCAGAGCUGUUGAGUAAUGUUCAUGGAACUAUGAGAGCUCUGUGAGUGCGGCGGCGUGUUUAAUACCCCACAAAUGAGAUGUCAUAAAUAAAACACAAUGAGGACUUGAAUUAGCGAACCUCUCUAACAGUUUUUCCUCUCUGCUGCGAAAACGAUCAGAUUUAGAUUCGGUUAAUCCUCACACUCGGCUAUCAUAACUCGUAAGCCUCUUAUAAUCAGGAUUAAUCAUCGUUUUGCAAACUUAGUUUGGUAACAAUGGGGGUUUUAGGGUCGAUCAGUGUAAUCUGGAUUAACGUGGAGCCUUGUGACUCUUAUUGUAGCUGCUGGUUAUUUAACACAUGAACUCAUAGUGGCAGUAUGACUAAUCCACAUACUGUACAGAAAACCCUUUAGAUUGUGUUGGAGUAGAAAGUGAGCCGAACUUUAGCUGUAGGGGAGAGUGGGGUCAGAUUAGCCAUUUUUCAUAUUUCAGAUCACUACAUUAAAGCAAUCCUAGUUUUGUCUCUAACUAGUGUAACCGUUAUAUUCCAAGAUGUUGGUCAUCCCUGCAAACCAAUAGAAUGAGUGUAAACAGAACUGUCUUGAUAAUAUAGUAUGGUCUCCUAUGGUCAACUUACCCCGUAUAUGGUGGGGUAAGUUGACCCCCCCCACUCACCACCCCAACCCUCCCUCACCUUCUCUCUCCCUAAAUAACAGUCACAUCUUCACAUUCAUGUGUAUUUUUAUCCAUUAUACGCUAUUCAACUGGUACAAUAAUUCUUUUUAUUAUUGUUGCAUAUAACUGCUAAAAAGCUGUUUUUGUAAAAAUCCAUUUUAAGUGAUUUAGAACAUUCACAGAUCUGUAUUUUGAAAAGAAAAAGUCAAACAUUUCAACAAUCUGAACUAAAACUCCAAUCCUCAUCAGACUCCUUUACUUUCUCAGUUACCCCUGAACUACUAUGAUGACUUUAUUAGUCCUCUAAGAUAAAAUGGUGGACUUCGAUGUUGUAACUCAUAGAUACCACAAUUAAUGUUUAAACAAAUUUAAAAUGAUCUUUUUUGGUUUAAACACACUUAUAAUCAAAGUUAUGACUAAACGCACUUUCCAGGGUGUAAGUAAAAAUAAAAAUAAAUGUCUAACCUCUUCACUCAUGUGCUUCUAACUUUCUAAGACUCCAUGAAUUGAUGCUCAUCUCCUAAAUAUUUGGUCACAUGAUCAAUUUCUUUGACCAUUUCCAAGCAACAGGGGGUGGCUCAACUUACCCCACUCUCCCCUACUUGUUUUUGAUAUAAAUCAUAAAUCCAAACAGUUUUUCUAUAUUUCUCCAAGUCUGGAUUCUCUCUGCUGACAAACCAUCAGUCAUGAGUCGGCAGUUUUUUUUUGUUUUUUCUCACUAUAACAUGCAAACCGUUUUCAGCGAUGAGGGUUUAUGAAAGGCUUGGCUGUCUUUCCUUCUUCAUGCACUAAUAAAGGAACAUCCUCUCUUAUUUUUUAUUUUAUUUAAGACUUAGAGACGUUCACUCUGAGUUCUGUUGGAUAUGGAGGUCACAGGGAUGAAUUAAAGCUGACCGCUCCGUCUCCAGUGAGUGUUUUUAACCCAUCUGUCUGUCUGUCUGUCUGCUCCUCAGGUACAUGGGCAUCGGCCUCUCAGCUCAGGGUGUAAACAUGAACAGACUCCCUGGUAAGACGACACUCUGUGUGCCUUUGGGUGUGGUGUGAAGAGCUUGUCUGUCAGUGUGUGUAUAUGUGUGUGUGUGUGUUCUUUAAGUGUAUUAUAUAGAUCUCUAUUUGUGAAGGUGUCAUUUUGACUGUGAACUUACAGGCUGAACUGUGGUUCUCUGGCUCCAAGUGUGACUUUGGGUAAGAAACUGUUCGUGUCAAAGAGUUAUCUAAUAGAGAAAUACUUGAAAAACAGAUUGUGCGGUACAUCCAGAUUUAACGCCCAAGUGAAGCAGGAAAUGUUGGAGGUAGAUGUGCUGCGGUUGGGAAUCAAACCCGUCAGUACGUUCAGUUUUUAUACGUGUAGUUAGGUUGAUCUACGGUCAGAGCUGGACGAGGUAAUUUAACCGGACAUCUCCUCCUAAUUUACAUUCACUGAAUCAAGUUAUUGAUGAGAGUACGUCUGCAACCGCUGCAGUUUGAAGCAACACAGCGUCAUGUCAGAGAUACCGACCAAUGAGAGCUCAGAGGGCUCUGCAUCUGCAAAAGUUACAAGAGCAAACAGAUUUAAUUCCAAAGAUACAGGAACAGUCAGAAGACUCCUGCGACUCUUCCUGGAGUCCACAUCCAACAAAUAUGACGUAGAAUGAAGAGUUCUGUGUCCCAUUAUUUACUGCAGCUUUCUACUCAACUGCCCCGAUCUCAUUAUUAAUUAAAGCUCCUGUGAAGAGCGUUUCAACAUUUAUGAAUCAGACUGGAGUUCAUAUCGAUGCUUUUUUAUUAUAUACAAACACAAAAAGGACCAUCAGUGACCAAACCAGGAUUUUUAGCGACUGAAACCAACGCAAGAGGAGGGUAGAUGUCCGAUUUCUGAGCAUUACAUAUUACUAAUACCUGUAGAAGACAAAAAUUAGCAAAGACACCUCCAACUUCCAUCGCAAUCAGAACGGCUACGAAAAGGUUGUAUCUACCAGUCGUAGCUGAUUGUAACCAUUCAAGUUAAUGUGUCAAUUUCUACCGGCUUCUUUCCAUUCCGCUGCGGAUCGCCAGAUUUCGCAGCUGAUCGCAAGAGUUCUAUUUUUUCCGGACGCCAGAGCAUGCCAGAUAAAUUCAGCACAGAUUUGCGGGUUCUGGCGAUUCCUGCUGUCUGUAAUCUGCCAUGAAGUUCGCCUCACAAACGGAUCCGACAGGAAUUGGCGGAUGGCGAAAAAUCGCUGCCGUUCCAGAUGCAGUGGAAAUUGGGGGACAGCUUUGUCCACAGGGGGCGCCAAAUCUGACAUUAACCGAAAGUCCCUCAUAGGAGCUUUAAUGUUUUUAUUUUCGUGCCUUAUUUUUGUGUUUAUGGCUGUUUAUUUCCUUUUAAUUAAUUUGAAGGCCUUUGUGGGUUUUAUUGGUUUUUAUUGCUCGUAUCUUUUAUUUCUUUUUAACGGUUUUGAAAUGACCUUUUUUGUUUUAUAAUUCUCAUUUUAUUGCUUGUUUCUCUUUUUACUGCUUCUGCCUCCUCAGCUUCUUAUAGCUUCUCGGUUUAUGCUGCUCUGUGCUUACGUUGCUCUAAGGUCUCUUUGCUCAUUCAGUCACUUUGACAAACCGGCCGCUGGCGCUCGCUCCCUUCGCUGUGCUGUCACACGGCGAAGACGCUGUCGGUAGAUGUUCAGACGGGUGCUCUUGAGGUUAUCAGGUCAAACAGGAGUCCCUCUGCCACUCUGAAAACCGCACCCACCCGGGGAGCUCUGGUCUCUUUGUAUGAAGAUAACAGGAGGCCCCGAGAAACUGCAGAGGAGCCAGCUGAUGGAUGGACGCUAAUGAAAAUGAACUAAUUGUGAGGAACUGAUGCCAAACUGCUUCAGCGUUGAGUGCUCCCUCUCAGUGAUGAAUGUGGCAGCGGCAGGAUUAAAACUCUGCGGCUCAGCAGUAACUCACAGGAUCCUGCCGCUCGGUUUCUAAUGUUAAAACAGCCCCGAGGCCGGCUGUGCUGCUGCUGCUGCUGCUGCUGCUGCUGCAGAGGCUGCUUCCUCCUCCUCCUCCUCCUCCCCUCCCCGACAAACACAUGAAAAUGCUUUUGUGCUUAAUUAUCUUGAAAUCUCACACACUAAGAAAGUAAGAGCUGUUGAAACAAGAAGUCCAAGCACAACAAAAUUCAGAACUUCUUGGGGAAUUUACAGAUUAAAUAAGGAGCUGGGGUGUAAAAAAGAAAACAAACAAACAAAGGUCUGCAGUCUGAAGGUGUUUGAAUCAAAAGCCGAAGAGGGAAAUGAGGUGAAAAAUCAGAAAUUCUGGGAGCAUACCCAGCUGUUUAUAAAAACAGAACGAGCUGCAUCCCUCUGCAGUGUUGGAGAAAACAACAACAAGCUGUCCCGAUGAGUAUAGAAGAGCGGUUUUCAGGGUUCGCCUCACUUUGAUGCCGUACAGCAGUCAGCCAUGUCUGCAGCUGCACUGACGUUUGACGUUUCCCCGAGCGGAGCCCUGAGAUCCCGCAGGUGUCCGCUUCACGGAUCACUGAAACGCCCCGUGUGAAUGAGAGUGUGCUUGUUUAUGCUUUUGAAUUAAUCUAAAAUCUUCUGUAUUUUUUCCUCUUCGUGUCUGAACUGUCUGUCAGAAUAUAAGCAAUGCAUUCCUGCGACAGGUUGAACUACUUGAGGGGCCCAGUGUUUAUUCUGUGGUACAAAUUCUCACAGUCUUGAUGAGUGCUUCUCGUUGUUUUUUAAGGAUAUUUUCUCCUGAUAGGAGUCGGUAAACUUAGUAAGAAGACUUCUCAUGGAGCAGCAGCGAUUACAGACAAAGUAUGAUAUUAAGUCUCCAUAAUCGUAAUCACCUCCAUCAGUCAGUGUUGAAAUGUUGAACCCAAGUUUUUGUGGGCGUCGUUUUUCCAAGUUUCACUUUUGUUUCUUGUUGAUUUUGGCGCCCCCUGCAGACAAAUCACUCAUCUGUGGCUGCAGUUAGAGGCAUUAAAAGUUACAAAAGCAGUGUUGUCAGUCUAGUUUCUGGUGGUUUCCUCCUUAUGAAGGCGUCGCUCUUUGGUUCAGUUCAGCCUGUUUUUAAAACAAGAGAAAAACUCCCCUCUGGAGCUUUUGAAGUUUUCAUCUUAAAGGCACAUUUCACUUUUUUUCAUGGACAAAAAAACAAACAGAAAAAAUGACAAAAAAAAAUCCAAGAAAAAUACUUUUUUUCUUCCUCGUUUGUCCCUCGGGGCUUCCGUACAAACCUGCUGUGUGUGUUUUUUUUUUUCACUCAUGUUAUUCCCUUUACAUCACUCAGGUUGGGACAAGCACUCAUACGGUUACCACGGAGACGACGGCCACUCCUUCUGCUCAUCCGGCACCGGGCAACCCUACGGACCCACGUUUACAACGGGCGACGUGAUUGGCUGCUGCGUUAACCUCAUCAACAACACCUGCUUCUACACAAAGAACGGCCACAGCUUAGGUGAGACGCUCCGACACCGAACACUGAGCGGAGCCGAGGAAGAGGACCGUCUCUAGACUGUAAUCCCAGAUCUGUGUCGACACUUUUUCACUGAUCUAGAGUUUGAUGAAACUCAUGGGUGUUACUAUCGGUCAUUUAGACACCCAAAGCUACGGGUUGUUAGGGGAGACCACUGACCAUGCAUGUGUUGAAAAAAGUCCAGAUCACUAAAAUUAAAAGUGAUUUUUCAUCGGACAGGGACGAUGUGUUAGAUACAGUAAUAUGCUGUUUUCCGAUUAUACUUCAUUCGGCGAUCUUCAGGGGGGGUCUAGUCAUCAGGGAAAUGGCGAAGAAAACUAUGUUACUGUUUUUAAAACUCCUUUAAAUCAAACUCAAAUCAGACUCCCUGUUCGUGUGUCCGUGUUCUUCUAAUUUCCUGGUUUUACUAAAAACAAACCCUCUACCCAGUCCAGUGCAAGUUUGUUUACUUGUUUUGUUGUUUCCUGCCCACACGCGGCCUGCUGGCUGCUGUCAAUCAAACACAGAACCCUUCACCCCCCCUGCAGCUGACUACAAAAACAGACAUUUGCUCUUUCCCAGCUCUACAUUUGGAAACAUGCUGGCAGCAUGUCUGUGCGCAAAUAAAGAAAACCGUGAUUUUAGAGGAUCUGUGGUGUCUGUGAGGGUGUCUGUGAGGGUUUACUCCAACCACCUUCACUGUCACCAGAGACCAGGUUUUCUUUGGGACUAUUGGUACUUUAUAAGAGUCGAGGCUUGGGUGUCAAGAUCUAACUGGUUCCUGGUUUCAGAGGUUUGUAGAUCCAAUUUACGGUCGCUAACGGCAACAUAAACGUUUCAGGAUUAAACCUCAGAGAGGAUUUCACAGGCUGGAGAAGUACGACUUUUUACCUGCUGUGCCAACAUAACAUGACAACACUUGUGAGAAACAUAGAAUCACGGAGGAACUUCACCUGUGAUUGAUUAGUUUGAAUAUAAGCGCUGACUUGUCGUCUACUGUCUUUUUCAGACGGAUUGAGUGAUUGAUGAUUGUAUCCGUGUUAGCUCGGUUUGUAUGAACACUGAUCUGCUUAGAAAAACAAAGUCUUCUCCUUCUUUCUGCUGACUCUCUCUCUCUCUCUCUCUCUCUCUCUCUCUCUCUCUCUCUCUCUCUCUCUCUUUCCUCCUGCAGGUAUCGCCUUCACAGACCUACCAGUAAGUACCCACCUUUAUCCGCCUCUUCUCUGUGUUUCGUUUUUUUGUCUUUGUGGCUUCAUGACUGCCGGACAAGAGGCGAUCUCUGAAAUAAAACGACCGUUUCAUUUUUCCACACAAUGUUGACUUUAUGAAAUGGUUUGAAAUCCUGUUUUUAAAUAGCUCGACUCUAAGGAGGUUACAGCCUGUGGCUUGUUUUCUUUCUGGAGACAUGAGUGAAACUAAAGCUCCAACUUCUUACUGCCUCUCUGAACUCAUAAUAGUGUCUUGUGGUUAAAUUCCCUCUCUAAUUUUGAUGUGUCUGACCUCUCAUACAUUAACUGUUGUUUUCCUAAUACUGAAUGACUUACCUCUUGGUUUGCUGAAGACUAUUUUAAGUGUUUGUAUGUAAUAAGUGAUCGAAUCAUACAGAGGAUGUCGUCACAAAAACAUCAUUGGCUGAUUAAUGUUCCAGUUAUCUUGGAAGUCAGAUGUCAGAGCUGGGAAAGAUGUUACACCCGAGUUGAUGGGUGAACAAGUCGGAAAACCAAGAUGGAUGCCUACUGUUAGCGGUUGUCAGCUGUCGUUAGUUGCUAGUUGUUGUUAGUAGUUGUUAGCUAUAGCAGUUGUAAACAACGCAAAACACAGUAUUUUACUCGUACAAACACCACAGCACCGUGUUCACAGUUGGACGUUUGGCAGUACGACAUAAACCACUGAUUUUAUUUAACAAAAACAAAACAGAAGUGCUAACAAAUAAUACAUUACGAGAGCUUUCACUGUUACUCUUUACUGUUGAUGCACUGCGCUGCCAUCUUGGAUUAUGACGUUGUCCGACUUUCCGAGUCAGAAAUCCGACUUCAGGGGGAGUUUCAGAUGAAUUUCUGACUCGGAGCUCAGAAAUUCCGACUUCUGCUUACAACUGGAAAGCAGCAUAAGUACUCAGACUUUCUUCGUAAAAACACGGCUCCUCUACGAUCGAGCUUACGUCACGAAAACUGUCCAAACUAUAUCAGGAAGUAGCCAAUGAAGACAGCCAGGGCCUGUUCUACGAAGCAAGUUCGGCCUAGCGAGGUAGCCUUGGAGCUGUUUGUUAACAGUUUGUUUACAGCUUGUUUACACUUUGUUUACAGCUUGUUUACAGCUUGUUUACAGUUUGUUUACAGCUGUUUUGUAGUUUGUUUACAGUUUGUCUACAGCUGUUUUGUAGUUUGUUUACAGUCUGUUUACAGCUUGUUUACAGCUUGUUUAGAGUUUGUUUACAGUUUGUUAACAGCUGCCUUCAGUAAAGAUAUUCCUGGGAGUGAAAUUGUGAUAAAACGUAAAAACUGGUGUGACAAAACUUGAGGCUCUUAGUUUUAACAGGAUACGACUUGUUUUUCUUUUUGCUGUUGUGGCUCAUCGUCAGGCGAGUCUGACUCCUGUGGGCUCCUGUGCUCUAUUGUGUGUGUGUGUGUGUGUGAGAGUGUGAGAGAGAGCUCGUUCCACACCAAAUGAGCAUUAAUUCAAUUGAGAUUCAUGCAUCUAUUAACCGCAGUAGAUGUGAGGGGGGUCUCUUGUUUUUCUGUCUCUUUUUUUUCCUUUUCUUCCUGCUCAGCAGCAAAUGAAAAAGUGGGCCGGCUGUUUCUUUCUUUCUUUUUUUGAGGCAGAAGAAAAUAAGAGUCUUAGCCACAACAAUAAUCCAUUGAGCAGAAAAACAGGCUUGGCUUUUAGCCAGGCAUUCAUCUUCCUCCAGAGUUGUGCAGUGAAGUGCGUCACCUCGGCACGGCUGACCUUUGUGGUUAUUGGACCAUAACAAACAAGGCGACUCCAAAAGAGGGGCACACAGACCGUCGGUACCACCACCCGACUUAUAGAGACUUAGACUUUUACUGUCACUUUAUUCAGAGCAGAUUCAGUCUCACUCUGACUCUCUAAGUUUCCCGGUGGUUCCACUCGUCAGUCUCAUGCCUCUUGUCAGUCAUUACCCCGUCUGAUCGAAUCACAGCGGUGAUCAGAUUGUCAGGGAGGUGGAACAAUGCGCCCAUACACGCCUCCUCCUCCUCCUCGUCUUCAUCUCUCUGUUUAUCUGCUGGUCCUGAUGUCAUCGGGACUUCAUGAUCAGGUCUCAAGAAAAAGACAUCUACACACAGACAUCUACGUUCUGUUACUGUGUGACUGUGUCUGUCUGUGAUGGCGUCCGUCAGUCCAGUCAGUAUUAUUAAAUAUAGAUACUGUGUUAUAAAUAAACACACAGGAAUACUCUGACUUCAUCGUCCUUCACAGCCGUCAGAAGAAGACGUAGCCGACUCCCAGUGAGCUAGCUUUUAAAAAUGAUGUUUGAGAAUGAUCGUAAAUCCAAAUACAGUCACAGUUUUAACCCUUUCAGGUUCCUCUUCAACUGGAUGUAAAAAACUUCCAGCUGCUCUUUUAACUGUUUUCAUUUAGUCCAGUAACUCACAACCUCCUAGGAAGAGUUCACUUCAAAAUAAAAGCAUAGUUUAGUAAAGCAAGACAGAAAAAAUAUCAAAAUAAAAUCCUGACAGAUAUAUUUUCUCUCUCUCUCUCUUUCUGCUGCAGCCUAACUUGUACCCGACGGUGGGCCUUCAGACUCCAGGAGAGGUGGUGGACGCGAACUUCGGCCAGCACCCCUUCGUGUUCGACAUCGAGGACUACAUGCGGGAGUGGAGGACGAAGAUCCAGGCGCAGAUCGACCGCUUCCCCAUCGGAGAGCGCGAGGGCGAGUGGCAGUCGAUGAUCCAGAAGUGAGUUUUCACGGGUCACAGGUCCACUCCAGGUGUUGUUCUUCUUCCCCGUGGAAAGGGUCAGCAGUGAUGUUGCAAUGUAGUGGUCGCCUUCCUGUGUUUCCACGGUAAUAAUUACCAUCACCGUAAUGACCUUUUUGGAUUUGGGGUUAAUUUGGCUGGACUAGUCUGCGAUUCGGUCUCUAAACCUCUCCAGAGUUUAAGUGAAAAUCUCCUUUACCCUGAUGUCAUAUUGUUUGAUUGGGUUUAUUAUGUUAUGGCUUCAGAUCCAGGUGACUGUAGGAAACCGUCGCCAACGUGGCGAGGAUCAGGGCCCAGAUUGAGAGCUCCCCCGUCAAAGAGCAGGCGCUGUGAUCCCGAAGUAAAAGCUGUGGGACUCGGUCUCUCUCCAUGCCCUGAUGGGAUUAGCUCUCUGUUGCUAUGAUUACUUGUCCUGAAUGGAUUUAAUCUCCAUUUGAUGCGGAUUGGGGUUGAGGGUGGGGUGGCUCGGAGAGGGCCGUCGCCUUUGCUGCCUGGGAUUGUAAACAGGAAGUUUGUGCACGCCAGUUUGAUGGAAAGGACGAAUUAUUGGCCUUUUUAUGGGGCAGCGGUGACACGAUGGUCUGGAGGAGCAGGAGCCUCUGAUCACAAACAUCUCAAUGAAAACUGCCGCCAGAUCAGGAUACCUUUACAUUAGUGCUGGACGAUAAACCGAUAAUGGGAUAUACCGAUAUACCCUAUAAAUAUAUCAAUAUCAAUAUAAACCAUGGUCGAUAUGCUUUUUCGAUAGUUGCGUGUGUCCCCGUUAAAUGACGAGGAUACAGAUGUCCAGUUUAGUGUUGGAUUUAUUUGACUGUGGUUCUACAGAUAAAGAUACAAAGCAACAAUCAGUACAGCUCACACCGUACAGAACAUGACCAUCGAGCAGCAUGAGAUAGCAUCAGCCAUAUUCACGUAAACAAUACGUUAACGCAAUAUAGCAUCCGACUUAGUGAAACAUCAUAAAACUCACUUCUGGCAUUUACGCACACUAAACCGGGAUGUGAAGGUGAUUAUUGGGUAAAAACAGGAAAGAGGAUAUUUACGAACUAUCGUAGGUGCGGUAUGAUCGAUCGCAUUGGAACGCCUGUGGUGCGUUCAUGAGUGUAGGACAAAUGAAAACUCCUCCUAAAACACAAUAUAACUGAACGGUAUUUACUUGUAAACACCUAAACAACACGGGUGUUCUAACAGGCAUUCUGACAUGUUUUGGUAGGCUAUAUCAACAGCCAAUGAAAAGGGGAGUUGCUCCGGGUCCGCUUCGUGUUAAACCAAUCAUGUUGAAUUAGAACCAAGUAGCAAACAACUGCGUAGUAGCAGACAGCAGCUACACCCAACCAUAACACUUUAGUUUAUCACGGUAUCAACUGACAUGAAAAAAAAUAUAUCGUGAUAAACUUUUUCUCGUAUAUUUCUCAGCCCUAUUCUACAUCCUGAAACACAACACACCUGCUCACACUGUAAACAGGCGGCUGUCUCCUUAAACCCUCCAUCAACAGAUCGAUCUGCUCUCAGUUUUGUAAAGUUAUGAUGUGCAGAGAUAGAGAUCAUUUUUUAAAGUGUCUAAUGACGGUGUGUUCAUGUGGUCCUCGUCCGCUGUCUCUCCAGGAUGGUGGCUUCCUACCUGGUCCAUCACAGCUAUUGUGCCACAGCUGAAGCCUUUGCCAAAUCCACAGACCAGGCCGUGCACGAGGAGCUGGCCUCCAUCAAAAACCGACAGAGUGAGUCCUUCUUCUGUCCCCGACUUCAGGCACUCAGGAAACCGCAGAACUUCUAGAAAAGCAGGUUUUGAACUUGAUUUUUACCGAAGCAUUGUCUGCUGUGUGCAGAGAUCCAGAAGCUGGUGUUGUCGGGUAGAAUGGGCGAGGCCAUCGAGACCACCCAGCAGCUCUACCCAAACCUCCUGGAGAGGAACCCAGACCUUCUCUUCAUGCUCAAGUAAGACCAGAGUCAUGUAUCAGCCUCCUGAUCGUAUAUGUCUUUGAAAACUCGACGUCCAGUCAAACCUGCUCGUCCGCCUUCAGUGGGAUGUUGUUUCACCGAAACAGACACUGACUCUGUGCUCUUCCCUUCCUUCGUUCCUUUAGGGUGAGACAGUUCAUCGAGAUGGUGAACGGGACGGACAGUGAGGUGAGGUGUCUUGGAGGUCGCAGCCCAAAGUCUCAGGACAGUUACCCCGGCUCCCCCCGGCCCUUCAGCAGCCCCAGCCACAAAGCCAGCAGCUCCCAGCCCUACCUCCCAGGUAUACCACUCACCUGUGCUCCACGUAUUCACACGUUGUUGUCAGUUUCGGUUGAAGAAGAUCCUUCAGCGUUUAUCUAUAAGUUCUUGGUUUGCAGUUUCUUAAAGGUUCCUCCUCUUUCACUCGUGUUUGUUUUUAGGGUUCGACAGCAACUGCUGUAAUGGUGUGACGUCCAAUAAGAGCCACGGCUCCUCCCCUCACAGUCACAAGCCCUGCCCCCCGGGCUCUGGCUCCACCCUCCCCGCAUCGGACAUAAGCCUCAACGGGAGCCGCAGCCAACAGCCCAUCAGCAGGUUCGGUAAACUCCGGUUCAUAAACUCUGCUGGGAAUAUGUUCGAUAACAGAUCGUGACGCUCUCUUUGUCCCUGUCCCCUCCUGUGUCUCGCCUCAGUAGCGAUGUGGACAUGGAAGUCGACCACUUCACCAACGGAGUGACAGAAUCCUCCUCCAAUGGUUUCCUCAACGGCAGCUCCAAACACACCACAGAGCCUGACGACUGUGACGCGGACAUGGGUGAGUAGAUCUGUCACUGGAGGUUUUACCGUUUUAAUUUGAUCAUUUAUCGUCACUUUCCUCGCCCCGAUUUCCGCUCUAAGUAUUAAAAAAAAAACCUGUUCUUUAACCCUAACCUGCUUAAUCUGCAUGUCGACCCGUCCGCGGCUCCGCAGAGGUGGAGUCGGCUCAGUCCAAGAGGCAGCUGUGCGGCGGGAGCCAGGCGGCCAUCGAGAGAAUGAUCCAUUUCGGCAGGGAGCUCCAGAGCAUGAGCGAACACCUCCGCCGCGAGUGUGGCAAGAACUCCGCCAACAAGAAGAUGCUCAAGGUAACGCUGACGACGCUGAGAUCACAUGAUUAGAAUUAAAGGGAUAUUCCGGCAUAAAAAUUAAGUUAGGGUCAAAUACACUGAAACACCGAGUUACACACCCCGUAGAGAGGUGAAUGUUGCUUCUCUAGUUGUACUAACUUUAAUCCAGUCCAUUACGCACUACAGCGGGGUGCCGCAGCUCAAGGAAGAACAUUUACAAUCAUUUCUUCAUGGGAAUACAAUCAGACCGAGACGCUAAGGCAGUAAAAUUACAGCGUCUGCAGUGAAAAUGAUUAAUAUGGAGAUUUUUACUUCAAGGAAAUGAUAAAGAAAUGAUCAUAAAUGUUCUUCCUUGAGCUGCGGCACCCCGCUGUAGUCCGUAAUGGACUGGCCUGAGGUCUCGCUACUAAUAAGCGGCUGCUGGAAGAGAGUAGGUGAGUUGUGUUUAGUCUUUUUGCUGAAGAAAUUAGUCAAAGUUAAAAAGAUGUUUGGUGUCUAGUACUAUGUCUGUGACCCUAUAUGUCCUGUUGAUGAAGUUAGGUGCUGUUCUGAGCAUUAUUUGUGGCUAUAGAGUGCCUCUCUGUAUUGCUAUCCUGCGGUCGUUACUAAAGUUGGUAUAACUAGAGAAGCAAGCGGUCGGCAACAUUCAUCUCUCGAGGGGGUGUCCCAUUGGUGUUAUGGUGUGUUUGACCCUAAAUUAAUUUCACGCCGGAAGAUCCCUUUAAUGAUUCGGUCUUUUUGUGUCGAGGAGAGUUGACACAGUAGAAAACUGAGGGAAUCUGGGACUAAGAUCCAGUUGGUGUUUCACGUUCGCUCCCCAGUCACUCAGGGUUAAUAUUGGAAAAGUCGAUCUGUGUGAAUUUCAUGUCGAUCAGCACGAAGCGUCUCCUUUUCUCUGUUUACUCAGUUAAAUUUAACUCUUUUGUUCAAACGCUACAAAAGUCAACAAACUCAGAGAAUCAUUAAAGGUUUUUUCUUUCAAGUGUUGUUUCACAAAUAUUGUGCUAGAUCUGAAAAAGCCUGUAAUACACCAAAAGUGUCACAGAUUUCGACCAAUCAGAAUCAAGUAUUUAAACAACAUCAGGGUAUUGAGACCAGAUGAAGAUUAUCAGUCCAGGAAAAAGAGGUCAGAGAAACGAAUAAAGGUGAUUAAAAAGAGUGAAAUUUAAAGAAACAGAUUCUUGAUCAGAUGUGAAGUUUUGUGCUGACUGCGUGUCUGUCAUCCGUGUCUCCUGCUGCAGGAUGCGUUCAGCCUGUUGGCUUACUCGGACCCCUGGAACAGCCCGGUCGGCUACCAGCUGGACGCCAUCCAGAGAGAGCCGGUCUGCUCCACUCUCAACAGUGCAAUAUUAGGUGAGUCAGCCGGCCACGCCGUUCAUUUUAGACUGAGAUUAUGAGGAGAGUCCAGAAACGGACCGAAGUCGUGUUGACCUGAACGAUGGACUUUUGAAAAACCUUCACCCCCAGUUUUUACCGCAUCCAGAAAGGUGGCGAUUUUUGCUGUCCGCCAAUUUCUACCGGAUCCGUUUGUGAAUACAGCCUUUAUGUAGCUGUUCCAGAUGUGGUUGAAAUUGGGGGCUUACAGAGAGUCUGGGUCCGGGUCCUGAUGUUCUUGGUCCUCUUUCUUUCUUCCAGAGACUCACAACCUGCCCAAGCAGCCCCCCUUGGCUCAGGCCGUGGGUCAGGCGGCCCAGUGCCUCGCCAUCAUGGCACGGACUGGCAGCGGCUCCUGCGCCUUCGCCUCUGUGGACGAUUACCUGCACUAGCCCUGCGUUCGCGCACACACACACACACACACACACACACACACACACACACACACACACACACACACUAAGGACUUGUCCAGAAAUGGCUCCCAGGCCUCCUCCAUCAGUGUAGUUCUUUAGCCGAGGAGUCGCUCCUCCGCACGAUUACGACUCGUAGGAAGUUAACCACCUCACUCGCUUCUCUUUCCGCUUUGUUGAUCGGCACCAACUGGGGAUCAGGAGCUGUUUUUGGGCAGAUCUUUGGAUCGACAACACAAACACACACACACAUUUAAACACACACACACACACACAUUGGCCCACCACCUCCCUCUCCAUCUUUAGUAUAAAAAUUCGCCUCCACCUUGGUCUGGCCUCUUAAACCCCGCCUCCAGCUGACCGAGGCUGCGCUGCAUCGCUCUGACUGACAGCGGGAGACGCCGGCCGAGAGCAGCUGACGUGGAAACACUCGGAGAGCCGAACUCACGCAGGCGGACACCCAGCCUCCCUAAAUCCAGGGACUGCAGACUGAUUCAAAAUGAAACCCUGGAAGAAUUAAACUGGAACCAUGAAAAAAAAAAAACAAACGUCACAGAAAACAGACGAGUGACCGUCAUGGCCGACCACCGUUUAACGUGGUCCCUGUAGACCUGGAUCGCCAGGCUAACGCACACACAUGACACACACACACACACACACACACACAAACACUGAGGUGGGCUGAUGCUGAAAACAGGAUCGGAAGUCCGCCGAAGUUCGCCGAGUGCUCCGUUACAAACAGCUACUCCCCUCCCCGUCCCCUCCCCCCGCACCGACUCCCCUCCUCCUCUGACCCCGCCCUCCACUCACUUCAGGACUUUGGCGAGGAUUUGUGUGACGCAUGUGGACUCGGGACUUCGAAGAAGCCGGAGAGAAUCCAGAGUCUGGACUCCAAGUUCCCUGUUUUUAAUCUUUUUUGUUUGUUUUUGUUUGUUUUCACUGGGCAGAGUGGGGGGGGGGCGGGGCAGGGCGGGGCGGGGGAGGGGAGGUCACCUGGCUCUUGUUUUGUUUUUAGUUUUUCCGGGUUUACAAGGCAUGGUGCGGACGACGAAGAUGACGAUGAUGAUUAUUAUUAUUAUUAUUAUUAUUAUUAUUCUAAUUAUCAUUAUAUUAUUGUUACUUGCAUUCACAGUAUAUUUGUUGAGCGCCAGCGAGAGUUCCAACAACUUAUUAUAAUAAAGGUCCCGAUUCCACCGAUUCCCAGUGACGAGCGUGUGUACAUGUUAACGUUUAUAUAUGAAUUUAACAAAAUGGAAUUAUAUCAAUAGAGUGAGAUAUUUAGUUAUCAAAUGAAAGGAAAUCAUUGAAAAAAAAACAACAAUCCUUUAAUGCUUUGUACCGACUCCAGUGACUCCUGAAGCGUGCUGGUUGUUUCCGGUCUGUACAAGUUUUUAUGUUUCCUGCUUCCUUGACUUCAGGGUUCCUGCGCAGGCUGAUUUAUUUGACCUGCUACAGGUCUAAAACUCUGGACCUGCUCUUAAAGCUCGUGUUAGGAACUUGUGAGUUGUUUCAGUUUUGGCGCCCCCCUGUGGACAAAGUGAAACCUAUCAAUCUCUUUACCAAACACAUCCUGUGCGUGUGGUGAUAUUCGGCUUUUUUAAUUUGACAAAUAAUGAGUGUUCGGGUUACCUUGGAAGUCAGAUGUCGGAACUGAAAAUGACAUCGGAAAAACUUUCGGGAAGAAAGCGAAAUCGGAGGCCUGAAACAAGAUGGCUACAUCUACGAAAAUUAUUUUAGUGCUUGCCUCAUAUUCGGAUAAGACAAGCGUUAAAAUAACUUUUGUAAAAUAACUCGCUUCCGAUUUAGAUUUUUUUCGACUCUGUAACUGAAAAGCUGGUAACUCGGGUGUGACGUCAUUUUCAGCUCAGACUUCUGACUUGCUGCCCACAUUGUGACAUCACUAAUUGGCGAAUUUCCUUAUAAGGGCGUGAUAAACGCAGCACUUCCUCCUCUGUUCAAACUUUUCUGUGUCAGAUUUUGGCCGAAUUUAAUGAUUUGUCAUUUUAAACGGAGACACUUGAUGAUGUUGCAUGGCAACAGCGGAGGAGGCUUCUGAAGUGUGAGGUCCCAGAGUGCUGAGGGGGCCCUUUUUAAAGGAAUAUUCCAGCGUAAAAUUAAUUUAGGGUCAAACACACCGUAACCCCGAGUUAGACACCCCAUGGAGAGAUGAAUGUUGCCGACCACUUGCUUCUCUAGUUAUACCAACUUCGGGCCAGUCCAUUAUGGACUACAGUGGGGUUUCGCAGCUCAAGGAAGAACAUUUAGAACUCGGUGUUAUGAUGUGUUUGACCCUAAAUUAAUUUUACUCCGGAAUGUCCCUUUAAAGGGAGCAGCUAGAUCAGGGUUUGUAAAGACGUCAUGAAAAUAUGUUUAAGCUAUAAAUCAGGUGAAGAUACCAGGACAACUUAAAUCCUGAAGCUGAGCCUCGUACCGUCUCUUUAAACCCUUUUUUUUUUGUUUUUUUUGGUUUUUUUUUUUUGUGAAUUUUUACCAGCUAAAAUCUCCUGACCGAGGCUUUAAGUCUUAAAAGUUUCUCAACUUCAAAUCUCUCUCCUGUUUGUGAAAUUAGGAAAGACUCUUUGACACAUUUCUGGACUAAGUCUGAAUCCUGCGUAGGAACCCUGCAAUGACCUCUGACUCUGUUUUACUUGUUACCCCCCACCUGAAAAAAAAAAGAUCCCAGCUGCACAGCAGGUUUGAUGCAAGUGUUGUUAACCUUUAUUUUCUUAUCGAUGUCUAUGCUAAUCCUUAACACACAAAGAACUCAGGAGCCAAAAAUGUCCCUUUGUCCCUCCUCCUCCUCCUCGCUGUAGGAUAGGAAGGUCCAACCAGGCAGCCCGGGCCUCGAUUAAGUAACGGCAGCCUCGCUCUUUUUGUUUUAAUUUAGCGGCACAAAAAAAAACAACAAACAAAAACAAGCAACAUCCUGAAUCCUGCUUUAAACUCUGAAGGAAAACAGUCGUUUGAUCGAAGUUUUCAAAGAGGAUUUGUUUCUGUUGCUUGUUUUUCGAGUUUCCCCGAAGAUCCUCAUCGCCGACCCAAACUCGCUCAGAUUUCGCCCCCCGACCCUGAAUGCGUGCUGCUCCCUGGAAGCACAUUGCUGUCUGGUUAUUGUUCUCGAAGCUGCUGUUUAAAUAGCAUUCAGGUAUCCACAGCCCCCCUCGAACUACCCAUCAUCCCUCAGAGGCGAGCGCCCUCUGCCCGCCGCGUUACUGUUUUGUUACAAACCCUCGUCUGACCUUGUGUGUUUUUAUGAAAACGCUCAAACUUGAGUUGAAUCACAGAGAGUAUUGUUGACAGCACUAACAGGAAAAAGAACCAAAUACUCUGAUAAAGAGCAUCGCCGCUGUGUGCGUGUGAAGCCUGAUCCACCUCCUCCCGCAGUUUCUCCCAGGGGUCCGGAGUUGAGUCUUCUCCUCGCGGUGGAACCGAGCUUUUCUGUACCUUGGUUUGUUUUUUUGUUUGUUUGUUUUUUUUUUUUUCUUAAUUUGGAUCGCAAGCAGUCACGGCAUCGUUUAGAAAACUUCUUAGACAAAGUGUCUGUUGUCUCUUUCUGAGUAAGGUCUGAAACCUAUGCAUGCCAUAGUAAAGUGGUGGUAAGAUCAAGUUAGAUGUCUCUUAUUUGAUUCUUUUCGUUUCUCCUUCUUUUAUAGCCAGUUCACGGUGUAUAAGGAAGAUGUCAACCAGUAAGUUGUCCACUGCUGACUGUGUGUCCAUUUGGAGAAAAAAAAAAGUGCAAUUUGUGUGAGGGUGAAAAGAUUUAUAUUAAAAAUGAUAAAUGAUGAAGGUUUUUGUCUGGAUGCUGAGUGACGUGGAGCGGGAGUUUGUGUUCUGCCUCCAAACGGCUGUCUCCUCAUUAACCUCGUAUUUAUGGAGCUGUAACGAGGUCGACUUUAUCUACAGUGAAAAUCACAGUUUACUUUUUUUACACUUUUGUUCUGACCACAAGAAAUCUGGACGGUGAAAUCCAACUUGGAAAAAACUGAAGUAGCUGUAGACCAAAAAAUGUGGGCCCUUAAGAAAUAUUAUAUAUAUAAGAAAUCCAGUUCAUUUGGGACCUUUUUCUUGGAACUUAAUCUUUUUCCCAGAUUCUUUAAAUUUUUUUACAGAAAUUCUGAAAUUUCAUCAGAAUUUUCAUCAGAAACUUAACACUGAAAUGAAAAAAAGAAAACAAGAUUAUGAUUUUAAAAAAUCCAAAUUCAAAUUAUUUCAUAAUUUUAUGAAUAAAGUCUAAUUUACAAAAAAAAUCUGAUUUAAGGUAAUGUACAAAUUUUAAAAAAUGGGGUUCACUUUUUCUAAAAAACAUUAUUUUAGAGAAAAAAAUCCAAAUUCAAAUUAUUUCAAAAUUUUAAAAAUAAAGUCUAAUGUACAAAAAAGAAAAAGAAAUUCUGAAUUAAGGUAAAGUUCAAAUUUUGAAAAAUUAGGUUACUAAUUAUUUGAAAAAAAAUCACUAUUUUAGAGAAAAAAAUCCAAAUUCAAAUUAUUUCAAAAUUUUCAAAAUAAAGUCUUAUUUACAAAAAAAAAUCUGAAUUUAGGUUAAGUUCAAAUUUUGAAAAAUGAGAUGACAAUUUUUCUGAAAAAAAAAAAAAAUUUAGAAAAAGGGAAAUUAUCUGUACGUGUCCCAGUAACAAAAUAUAAAGAAAUAUAAACCUGUAUGCCUGAAAUGAUUGUUUACGAUGUGAUAUUAGCAGGACUUUCUCUACACGUUUACACAUCUGUUUCGUCGUUGCUAAUUUGAGGUUAUUCUGCACACAAACUCUGACAAAGACCCGUUUGCUGCAAAAACAAAAACUAAAAUCCAUCCAAAGAUCCAGAUGUUGGAGAGUGACGUGCUGGAUGACGUACUCUGCAACGUGGUACAAGGAAUAUUUUCACGAAGUGCACCAUGUCGCGUUUUUCUGCGAGGAAUUAAAUCACCUGCAUCGAUGGAAACCAAAACCUCAGAGUGUUGAAAAUAGAAGAGAAAGUCAGGAAAUGGCUCAAUACAAACUGUUUUAUUGCAUUGUAGCAUAUAGAAUUUAAAUGACAUAAAAUGAUUGACUUUAACAUCGGGUUCUUAAAUUUUUUAAACGCAUGUAAUUUGUGGAAAUUUUACCUUUUAUGGACGUUUACAUCAUUUCAUCAAUUACCAGCAGAUUUUAGAGGGUGAUACUUCGUUCAGUGUCACAAGGAUUUAUAAGAGAUCAUCAUGUCUCUGGUUUAAGAGUCUUUAAAGGAUCUUCAGUUUUCUCAAACGUAACGAGUAGAUUAAACAAAAGUUUGAUCUAAAUCUGAAUCUUCUACCUCUGUUUGGUUUAUAAGUUUGCUACUCGAAGCACAAAUGAACAUUUAUAACAAGCAAAAAGCCCCAAACUGUGAGCUCCAUCUUUCCUUUAAUAAAGAAAAGGAGCGUUUCCUCGUCUCCGUUUGAAGUCAGCGUUACACGGUAACAUCCUCAUUAGUGAACUCUGGAGGUCCAUUGUCUGACCAGUUCAAAGCAGACCCAUUCAUCUGGUCCCAUUAUGGCGGCAUGCAGUCCCACAGCUCACGACAGACGCACUGGCAGAAUCCGUAGACCAUGAUCAUGACCAGGCUGGCGGGGACCAGGCUGACCAGCAGCACCCCGAGCGUCGUCCUCUGCAUGAUGAGCAGGUAGACGCCCAUGGGCAGCGAGCUGAAGUACAGCAGCCCGAGUACCCAGACCAGAACCCGGGCCGAGGUCUGGCACAGAAGCGCUGCGCAGUUCCACACUGUCCACCUCUGUGUGACGGACGCCAUGGAAUCCAGACUGGAUGAGCGGUAACCACGGCGUGAUGUGUACGAUCCACGUCUCUGUUCUGAGGUUGUGGGCACCGGAGGGGGCUCCAUGAUGGUGAUGACCACAAAGUUAGGGGAGCCCCUGAUGGAGGAGUAGGUGGUGGUGGAGGAGGCGGAGGAGGAAGAGGAGGAGAAGGAAGGGGGCGUCACAGCCGGGUUGCUCACCAUCAGCGAGCUCAGGCGCCGCGGGCUGAGGAGCAGCUCCGUGGUGGUCUCCUGGAUGUUCCUCUGGUUCCUUCUUUGGAGGGUCAACGCCGCCACCAGAUUGCAAUCAUCCGCCAAGCUGCUGAUGGCUUCACCUGGGAGACGGGUCACAUAGCGGCAGAACGGGCACACCACGGCGUUUGGAGGCGACUCACCCAGAUCCAGGAUCUUGGCGAGGCAUUUGGCGCACAGACGAUGACAGCACUCCAGCACCUUUGGCCUGCGACCCCCUAAGUUGUACGCGCAGUAGCAGAUCUUACACUCCAGCUCCUCGGUGGUCAGAACCUCCACGUGGCGACCACCUCCUCCGCUUCCGCAGCCGCUUCCGCAGCCGCCGUUCUCAACGCCCUGCUGCUCAAUCAUCAUCCCUGUCAACAGAGAAGUCCAACCACGAGAUCUGGUCGAGGCGCGGCACCGAGGGGCUCCACAAGCUCCCCAUAGAUGAUGGUCGUGACAACGGGUGACUCCGGGGAAGGUCUGGGGUUCAUCGUGGUCGUCCAACUGGCUCCAGCAGAGAGAGAGAGACAGAGAGAGAGAGAGAGAGAGGGAGAGAGAGAGAGAGAGAGAGAGAGAGAGAGGGGUUUUAAAGUUGACGUGGGAAGUCCUUCGUGAGUUCUGGCCUCUGAGCAGUCGGGGUAACGGUGCUUCUUUUAGGGGCAAAAAAAAAGAUCCUUUCAUGGGUGGAAUGAAGAGAGAGUGAGAGAGAAAGAUGUAAAGAGAAAGAGAGAGAGAGUGAGAGAGAGAGAGAAAGAGAGAGAGAGAGAUAACUGUUAACACAGCAUUAGAAGAGAACAAACAAGAGGCGAAGGGACAACAAAGCAAAGCCUGUACAAACCAGAGCUGGAAUUUUCGAGCCUGAUCUUUUGUUGCGCGGGGAAAUUCAGUCCAAUUAGUGACUCACACACACACACACACUCACACACUCACACACACUUAUUUAACACAGCUCUCUGUUAAUGAUGUGAGGGCGAGCAAGCACAGCAAACAUGAAUGAGCGUCUGACUGAUAAAAUGUGUGAUUGUGCGUUAAUGUUAGCUUUAAAAUUUAGGAAUACGUUUUUUUCUAUCGUUUGUUCAACCAACAAUAAAAACAAUCAAAAACCUUUAACAGACUGUGGGACGACAAAACCACUCUCCAGAAGUGAAGCCGAGGCAUUCACAGCUCCCCCUACUGGCUGUGUUGGGGAUAAUGGUGCGUUCAAGUUGCAUACAAAAAAGCUACGUUUUAGAUCGUUUCUGCCUCCUUUUCGUACCGUCUGCCAUGUUCUCGUUCGCGUAGACUUCCUCUCACAAGACCGUUUUCCAAAGCACCCGGAGAAAAGGAAUCAUUAAGGGAAUCAUUAAAAUGAAAUGCAAACGAUGUCGAUGGAUUGAGCCAUUUGGAACCGGUUGUCACCAAGAACCUAAAAUAUAAGGCAAGCGCUAAAAUAACUUUCAGGCGUAACAUGUAGCCAUCUUGUUUCAGGCCUCCGAUUUUGCUUUUUUCCGACUUGAUAGCGCCGACAUCUGACUUCCGAGGUAACUCGAUUUGCUCAUACAUCAUCUUCAAACAUUUAAAAUUCUUGCUUUAGUCUGACUAAAACUGGACUUUUUGAUGGUUUUACGAACUUAAAUAAGGCUCGAUAUUGGGGAUUGAUUUUCUCUUUCAUGUCCAGGCCUCAGCCGGACUGAAACUAGCCAAAAUAUUCUGGCAUCCUCCAUUGUUUUCACAUCCAGUUUAAGUUGAAUAACAUUUUUGCAUUGCUAGCAACCCAAGGUAGAGAACACAACUGUAACCGAAUAAGAAGGGGCAUGAAAAGAAAAACAAUUGC